AUGAAACGUUCUGGUUAUUAUUCAAUGUUCAUUGUCUAUUUUGAUGUGGAGAUGAACCAGUUUAAAGAUUUGCCAACCCCUGACAACCUAAAAUCAGCCCAUCAAGAAACUCGGCCUCAUUAUUGUCUUACUGUUUUAUAUGGAUGCCUUUGCAUAUCCGAAGCUAAGUUCAGUUUCCAAGACAUUGAUAAUGAUGUUUACAUUAUGGAAGAGUAUGGUGUGAAGCGUUCUUGGACUAAGUUGUUUACUAUUCGAGGGAAUCUGGUGCCUUUUCAACCUACAAUCUCCCCUGACGUUGUUUUGGUUAUAAGUCCAAACAAGGAAGUUGGUUCAAGGGAGCUUGAUCAAGAUGAUGAGAAUGUCAUUAACUUUGGGGUUCAAACCAAAGGAGAUGAUUCACUCAUGGAAAUAAGUGCUCAAGAGUAUCAAAGGAGUUUGACUCUAGGUGCUCAAUGA